UCUCAGCUAAUUACUGCAGAUAAAGUUCGAAAAUCACUAAUUCAGUCGGUGGAAACUCAAAAGCAAAGAAUCAAAACAAAAAAUGGCGAACGAAGGUGCAGAUUCAACCUCAACUCCGUCGUCUUUUAGGCGCCAAUGGGACGUCUUCCUCAGCUUCAGAGGCGAAGACACGCGCGACGGCAUCACGACCUGCCUGUAUCGCUCGCUCGACGGAAAAGGCGUGCGCGUCUUUGUAGACGACGUCGGAUUGAACCGUGGAGACGAGAUCGCACGGGGGUUGCUGGAAGCCAUCGAAGACUCGGCCGCUUUCAUCGUUAUUCUGUCCAAAAAUUACGCUUCCUCCCAUUGGUGCCUGGAAGAAUUGGCCAGGAUCUGCGAUUUGCGGAGGCGGAGCCUGAUCCGGCGACUGGUUCUGCCGUUAUUCUAUGAGGUUGAUCCUUCGCAUGUUCGGAAACAGAUAGGGCCUUUUGUGGAGGCGUUCUUCUGCCACGAGAACAGAUUCGGAAAAGACAAGGCCAAAGGGUGGAGGGAAGCCAUGGCCAACGUUGGCUCCCUUGCUGGUUUCGUUGUCAAAAACGAAAGUGAUGGAGGGGAAGUGAUUCGGGUUCUGCUGAGGGAAGUUCUGAAACAUCUGAGCAAUACACCGGUGGAAGUAGCCGCUUACCCGGUCGGACUCGAUGCGCGAGUGACGGGGCUCAUAAAUCUCUUAGAUGUAAAGUCCCAUGGUAUUAAAGUUGUCGGCCUUCAUGGGAUGGGCGGCAUUGGCAAGACGACCCUUGCCAAGGCCGUCUUUAACAAAAUACUCGGACUCGAACAGUUCGAGCACCGCUGUUUUAUCUCGAAUGUUAGAGAACUUUCAAAACAAAAAGAUGGUUUAGUGUCCCUCCAACACAAACUCGUUGGUGAUCUCUUCGGUUCCGCUGCUGAUAUUGAUCUUUUUGCGAACGAUGUCGACGUCAAUGCCUCGAAAAUCCGAAAGAAUGUUCAUGGAAAAAGGGUUCUAAUUGUCCUGGACGACGUCGACGACGAAAACCAACUGAGUGCAUUGGGUGCAGAACUCAAAUGGCGAACAGAUGAAAAUAUUCGAAUCAUUGUCACAACAAGAAAUAAAGGAAUUUUGAAUGAACGUUACGUGAAUUUUAUUUACGAGGUCAGGGAGCUGCAUUUUGAUCAGGCACUACAACUUUUCAGCUAUCAUGCGCUUAGAAGAGACCAACCAACAACCGAGUUUCUGAAAUUGUCCGAGGAAAUCGUGUCUCUCACAGGGAACUUACCAUUGGCAUUGGAAGUGUUCGGUUCGUUUUUGUUCGACAAAAGGAAGGUAACCGAAUGGAAAGAUGCAUUGAACAAGUUGAGAGAUAUUCGUCCACACGAGGUUCAAGAUGUGCUGAAGAUAAGUUUCGAUGCGCUCGACACAGAAAAUCGAUGCAUAUUCUUAGAUGUAGCGUGCUUGUUUGCCAGUUUGGAAACCAAGAAAGAAGACGUAGUUGACGUAUUGAGAGGAUGUGAUUUCAAAGCAGAAAUAGGCUUAAGAGUUCUUGAAGAAAAAUCUCUGAUCAAGUUCCAUGAAGACGAUUCUAUUUGGAUGCAUGAUCAGCUUCGGGACAUGGGACGACAAAUCGUGCAAGAUGAGAGCUUUUCCGAUCCCGGAAUGCGUAGCAGACUGUGGGAUCAUGACGAAAUUGUGAGGGUCUUGAAAAAUCAUAAGGGAACAAGAAGAAUUCAGGGUAUUGUGGUGAACAUGAAGAAAGCUGAUAACGACCGGAAACAGGUGAUUUUUGGUACCAAGUCUUUCGAAUCCAUGGUUAAUCUGAGAUUGCUUCGAGUCAAUCAUGUAAACUUGGAAGGGAAGUUUAAAUUCCUUCCUCGUGAACUCAAGUGGCUUCAAUGGCACGGAUGUGCACUGGAAACUCUUCCUUCUGAUUUUUGUCCCCAAAAGCUAGCUGUCGUUGAUCUCUCGGAUAGCAAAAUUAAACAGUUGUGGAGCUCGAAUGUUAACGAGGUUGCUGAAAACUUGAAGGUCAUGAAUCUGAGCUAUUGCGCAAAUUUGGCAUCUCUUCCCGAUUUAUCUAGACAUAGAAAACUGGAAAAGAUUGUUCUCAAGAACUGUGUGGCACUGACAAACAUUCACAAAUCAGUUGGUAGUUUAAAGUCAUUACAUCACUUGGAUAUGACACGUUGUUUAAACCUUGUUGAAUUUCCAAGUGAUGUUUUAGGAAUGAAAAAUCUUCAAACCCUCGUCCUCAGCGAUUGCUCCAAGUUGAAGGAGUUACUGGAGGGCAUCGGCAGCAUGAGAUCGCUCAAAGAACUUUAUGUUGAUCACACCAGCAUAGACAAGCUGCCUGAAUCUAUUUACCGCCUCGAAAAGCUCGAAAAACUGAUCCUAGAUGGUUGCAUUCGGAUCAAAUGGUUGCCAACAUGCGUAGGAAUGCUCGUUUCUCUCAAGGAACUUAGUCUCGAUCACUCUGCAUUAGAGAAGUUGCCCGACUCUGUUGGAUCUUUGGAGAACUUGGAACGACUGAGUUUAAUAUCUUGUGAAUCUCUCACCGUGAUUCCCGAUACCGUCGGCAAUCUCAAAUUAUUGAAAGAGUUGCUCAUAAAGGGCAGUGCAAUUAAUGAGUUGCCAAAUUCUAUAGGUAAUUUAUCAUAUCUGAAAAGCUUAUUUGUAGGAGGCAAAAGUAUUAGCAAGUUGCCAGAUUCAUUUCGAGGGCUGUCGUCUGCUGUGGAACUUGAUAUCGCAGACACAUCAAUUACUCGUCUCCCAAGUUAUACCGGCGAAUUGACAUUACUUGAGAAGAUUGAGAUAAGGAAUUGCAUUUUACUUGAAUAUCUGCCAGAGUCAACCGGGAGCUUGUUUGCUCUUACAUAUAUGAACAUAUACAACGCCGGUAUUACCGAGUUGCCGGAGUCUUUUGGGAUGUUGGAAAAUCUUAUUACAUUAAGAUUGAACCAAUGUAGAAAGCUUCAUAAACUUCCAUCCUCAAUGGGAAAUUUGAAGUCUUUGCAUCAUUUAUACAUGAAAGAAACCGCGGUGAGGAAUUACCGGAAAGCUUUGGCAUGCUCACAAGCUUGCAGGUACUGACAAUUGGAGAGAAACGCAGUACACAAGUGCAACCGAAUUCACCAUUAGUAGCGUUGCCGUCAUCUUUCACGAAUCUGUCAUCGCUACAAGAACUCGACGCU